UGCAAUAAUUUGUAUCAUUAUGAAUACCAUCUUUAUUUAUGACCUGAAGGAUGAAGACAGAAGCCAUCAUAUAUUACAUGUAAUGCUAAUCGUCUUUAUUUUCGGUUUUAUUGUGUCGAUAUUUGGAAUUUUGGGUCCAUGGCGCCGAAGUAGUUGCUUAACUUGGACUUAUGUUGUAAAUAUGGUAACGAUAAUACUAGUGACCGCUGUUACCUGGUUUGCCUUUGUAAUGAAUUUGGAUGAAAAGAGAUACUGCUUUCAACAGAUAAGUUAUGUAUGGAAGCGAUUAUUGAAGUGUGAAGACAAUCUAUUCGCGUAUCAAAUUAUGAACAAAUGUUGUGGAUAUGCUGGCGAACCAAAUUUCUUGGAGGAUCAAGAAGCAAUUUCUCAAAGUUGUUAUGAUCAUUUUAAUCACGAAAAUCAGGCUAAUGUGUUGAAUGAUGAUUGUUUGAAUGAUGUUGUUAACUAUUACAAGCGCACUAUGAAAUCACUUGCGAUUUUUUGUUUGUUAGCUUUCAUAAUUGAAGCACUUUGUUUGAUAGUUGCAGCGGCAUUGGCACUGGUCUAUGAAAGGAAGGGAGAUCGAGUUGCGCGUAGAGCACGACAUCAACGCCAGGAAAAUUGACAAAAUUCGAACUAUAGUAGAAAAUUAUGGUAUUACACAUAUAUUUUCGAAAAACAAUUAUAUUUCUUACAAAUAAAAUAUACAUAAGGAAAAAAUUUA